UUGCUAAUUCAUUUUGACCAUAACUAAUUCGGCAUGCAAGUAGAUUAUUUACUUUAGUAUUGUAGUACUAUUGGAGAUGAAAAAAAAAAAAAAAAAAAUGAAAAACGACGGACGGUGUUGAUAAGGCAUAUCUGGAGCAAAAGGGGAGCAUCUGAGUCGUCUCCUACAUCCUAAUUUCUCCAGCGUCCGAUCUUCUCUUUCAACUACUCUCUCUCUUCAUCGCCUUCAACGCCGAUCCAUCUUACGCUUCUCCUUUAUUUACGCCACUUCUCCAAUUCAUCGGGUUUAAUAUUUCAAAUUUAUAUGGCGGAUGCACCGACAAGUCCAGGCGGUGGAAGCCAUGAAAGCGGUGACCAAAGCCCACGUUCCAAUGUUCGUGAGCAGGACAGGUAUCUUCCUAUUGCUAAUAUAAGUCGGAUUAUGAAGAGGGCUUUGCCAGCUAAUGGUAAAAUUGCUAAAGAUGCUAAAGAGACUGUUCAGGAAUGUGUUUCUGAGUUCAUCAGCUUCAUUACUAGCGAGGCUAGUGAUAAGUGUCAAAGGGAAAAGAGAAAGACCAUUAAUGGGGAUGAUUUGCUUUGGGCUAUGGCAACUCUAGGGUUUGAAGAAUAUAUUGAUCCACUUAAGGUCUACUUGACUCGUUACCGAGAGAUGGAGGGCGAUACAAAGGGGUCUGCUAAGGGUGGCGAAGCCUCGGGCAAAAGGGAUGCAGUGGGAAAUCAACAACCUCAGCUUGCUCAUCAGGGUUCUUUUAAUCAAGCCAUGAACUAUGGAAACUCGCAGGCCCAGCAUCUAAUGGUUCCUAUGCAAGGCCCAGAGCCGAUUUGAGGAUGCAAAUGGAGACAUAGCAGCUGAUGAAUACCAUAAUUAAGGUAAUGUAGUAUAUUAGACCCUUUUUACAUCUUAACUUGAUAUUCUUCGGAAUGAGAUAAUAAGUUUUAGAGCUGAUAGAUGGCUUUUUAUGUAUGUUGUAUUGUUGUUUGUUUAGGAAGAUGUUCGGAUUAGAUGCCUAUCGUCUCUCCAUAUCAUGGUCAAGACCUAUGUUACUUGAACUCAGGUACCCAUGUCCAACAUGGGUACGUGUCCAAGCGUCCGACUCAGCUAUUUUGUGAAAAAUUUACAUGAUUUUGAACUAAAAGUGAAGUGUCCGGGUGCCAUACUCAUGUCCAAGUGUCGAGGGUCCGACACCGGUAUGUGAGGUGAAAUGAAGAGUCCGAGUAACAUAAAUCAAGACUUAUACAUGGUGUUAUGGGUCAUUGUGUUCGACUAUUGACCGACGGUUACUGUCAAGACCAAGAUGUACAAGACUAUGUCAAGACAGUUACCAAAGGUCCCCAAAAUCAAGGAUAAAUAAUAAGUCAACAAGAAUAAGUGUUCAAGGUUGUUACAACGUAUCUACACCCUAGAACAAAUCCAAGUUCAUUAGAAGACCAAGUAAAGGAAUCAACCACUACUCCACCACUUAAUAAAGCGGGUGAAAAAAUCAAGGAACCACUAUGCAACAGCCACCCAAAAUAUCUCUCCAACCUACUCUUGGAAGUUCUAUAAAUAGAAGAGUCUUCCUCUCAUGAAAUCAAGUCACAACCUACGGAUACUAGCCUCCCAUGCAACUAAAUACUAUCUAUUUUAAGCCUACGUUCUCCCCACUACCUACAUACUGCUCUUGCGAGUAUAUCCAUACAUGAGCUUAGUCCACAUAUGGAUUCCACUAAAAACCCACGUUACCUCAGUAUAAUUUGCAGCCUUAUUUCCCAUAUGCCCUCGUAACUAUUCUUAUUAUUUCCUAAACCACUUGUAUAAUCCACUCACCAUCUACUAUAUUUUAUACCCUCUAGAACCUCUAUACAAACAUCUUUUUACCCACAAAUGUGUCUCAUACCUCCUAGCCAUAUUACGAGAUUGAUACACUCCAUUUACUUUGUAUUUAUCCACGCUGUAUUUUAUAUGGACCAAACACACAUUGUACUUGUAAUUAUUGGUUUUAUGCCCGUACUAUAGUGGAUUGGUGGACUCAAUGCCACCCGCGGUUUUUACCCACCUUCA